CGACUGAACUCUGAACAUAUCUGUAGAUAGAAAGGAAGCACGGGAGCAUGUCGGCACCCCUUCUCUUGUAAAUGAGAUACCGACGCUGCGAGAGUAGAAGAAGAGGAGGAGGAUGAUUGAUCCAACAAAGUUGAUUGUUUCGUGCUUCUGGAUUAGGGCGUACCCGAUUGCGCCAUUUCGAUUGUCGUAGGAGACAAAGGGAAAGCUAUUGGGGCCACUGGAUUCAUUUUUCAAACAAGCAAGCGGUGCAAUUCUGGAGGGUAAUUUCGAGUGAAGAUCUAGCGAUGACGACUGGCUGUGGUGUUGGAAGUUGGCGAGGGGAAUAAAGGGGCCGAUUGGAGUAUUGUUUAAUAGUGGAGAUCGUCGUUGUGUUUUCACGAGCACAGGAAGCUUCGGGUUUUGGAGUUGCAAGAUUUCCACGUAAGGAGAAGUGCGUUGGAGAUUCAAGGCCAGGCUUUCCGGUGACGAUGGAGGGUGCAUCGCAGUACCUUCAAGAGCUUCCAUCGCGAGGAUUCUUCUCCUCAUCUCAGCAGCCCGCGAGUCAGGGAGGAUUGCGGGUAUACAUAUGUGACCAUGAAACAGCGCCACCAGAGGAGCAACUAAUAAAGACGGACUCUACAAACAUUCUCAUCCGGUACCUGACCUUGAAGAAGACUAAAGUAGAGCAGAGCGGGAAGGACAACAAGAGGAAAUCGCCAUCAGAGGAUGGGAAGGGCAAGAGACAUGCCGAGCGGUCUUGUGAUGAGAAGAUAAUGAUCAAAAGGGUGAAUGUUAGCGGCGGUUCCGGAGGAAGUCGAAGAGAGGGUGGGACAAGCCGAUAUUCGGACAAGGAGCUUCAAAAUCUCACCGUUCCGAGGAUCAAGGCUUUACUCAAAGAGAGAGGACAACCACUGAGGGGCAACAAGGAAGAGCUGAUUGUUCGCCUCAAGCGGAUCUUGUGAUGUGAAUGCUGCUGUAGCUGGACAACGGUGUGUUGUAUAGUAUUCAAAAUUGAUGGGAGAUUAUCUCACUAUUUUCCAGGACGCCUUCUACGAUCAUGCGUUUAGUCCACAGAAAAACCCUCAAACGAAUGCAGUCGUUUUUCCCACUGCGAAGUGAAGACACAGAACAAAGAACUUCGUUCGUUCGUUGUUCCGUGGGCGUGCCUGUCGUUUUGGAAACAAUUAGUUUUGGACCUGUUAUGGGACUCCUUCCCCACGUCGUUCUAUUUUCGACAUGCAGAAUUUUGUAAAUGGUUCAGGUGUCCCGUUUGGCUUAUGUACAGACUGUUUUAUACAGCGGCUAGACCGGGUUGGAACUUUCCUUUAACAAGCCAAUGGCAGGAAAGUGGAUCGUAUAAUACAGCCAGUGCGUGCACUGAUGCCCUUAGGUGCAUGAGGGUUCAAUCUUGACAGGGAUUGUUUUGCAGUGGAACAGAACAACCGAUUCCAAGCAAACGUCCCCAAUUUUCAUGCAACAAUUUUUCUCUUAAGAUUUCGGUUCUUUCUGGCGUGACCCUUCUCCCAGGAGAGCUGUCUGUGACAUUGCUUCA